UAAUAAAAAUCAUUUUUUACAUCCUAGAUAUUCUUUUAACAAAUGGCCACAAUUGAUGGAAGACCGGCGCAAUAUGGGAUUUCUCUUAAACAAUUGCGGGAGCUCAUGGAGCAUCGUGGCAGGGAAGGCGUAGCAAAGCUAAGCGAAGUUGGUGGAGUUGCUAAAUUGUGCGACAAGCUAUAUACAUCUACAAACGACGGCUUACGAGGCACAAGAACCGAUAUCGAACAUAGGCGCGAAACGUUUGGUUCAAAUGUUAUCCCACCGAAACCUCCGAAAACGUUUUUGACGUUAGUCUGGGAGGCGCUACAAGACGUCACUCUGAUUAUUUUAGAAGUAGCAGCUUUAGUUUCUCUUGGCUUAUCAUUUUACAAACCCGCCGACGAAGAUGCUCCCGUGCUGCAAGAAGAAGAAGAUCACCAUGGCUGGAUAGAAGGUCUAGCAAUUUUGAUAUCUGUUAUUGUUGUAGUUUUUGUCACAGCUUUCAAUGACUACUCGAAAGAACGACAAUUUCGUGGUUUACAGAAUAGAAUUGAAGGCGAGCACAAAUUCUCCGUUAUUCGUGGAGCCGAGGUGUGCCAAAUAUCUGUUGGUGAUAUUGUCGUCGGUGACAUUGCACAGAUCAAGUAUGGUGACUUGUUACCAGCUGACGGUAUACUAAUACAAAGUAAUGACCUCAAGGUUGAUGAAUCAUCACUGACUGGCGAAUCUGAUCAUGUCAAAAAAGGUGUAGAUGUUGAUCCCAUGGUACUUUCGGGUACACACGUUAUGGAAGGCAGCGGAAAAAUGGUAGUAACAGCCGUUGGUGUUAAUUCACAGGCGGGAAUAAUAUUUACAUUGUUGGGUGCUGCUGUUGAUGAACAGGAAGCUGAGCUGAAAAAACGAAAAAAAGUUUCAUUUCAGAUAUUUUAAACCCUAGUUAUGUCUACCUAGAGUUGCAUAAGGAUGCCGUUUAAUGUUUCUCGAUUUUUUUUUAAUAUACAUUAAGCCGAUGGCAGAUAAGACUUUUGCGCCGAUCUCAUGAACUGAUGAAUUGAAACAGAAAUGUUUAAAACAUGUUUAAUAAAAACUUAAUAUAA